UUUGCGAGAGACGCAACUAGAAGAACAGCAGAAACAAUACGAGUUGAAAGCGCAAGUCAUAGAGGUAAGUCUAUACCAUACAGUACACACACGUACCAUAUUAUGGGGGAUGAACAUUUUUCACAAAAGCAUAACGAACGGUACCAUUUUUGCAGUGGGACAGGCAUCCAUGAAGUAAAUUUCCUACUGAAUCGCAAAGUUGCUCCCAUCUAUUACUAGGGAUAUGUAUACGUACGAGGAAAAAGCCCUCAUGGAAACAAUUACAUUAUUGUGCUUAUGCAACGUUGACUAUUAUAAAGUAUGCAUGACAUUGUAUGCAUGUAAGGUGCUAGGAAUGCUCAUUGUUAUUGACACAACUCUCUCUUUGAUGUGUUGUAUACACGUAUGUGCCGUGUCGUGCUGUUGUUUUGUUUGUUGUUGUUGUUUGUUGUUUGUGUCUCUCUCUGUUUGUUUGUUUUGGCCUGUAAGGAAGGUGAGUCGGGUCUCGUCCAUCAUCCCGAGUUCUUGAAACAAGGUCUUCUCUUCGUCCAAGAUGUCGCCAAGAAAGUUGGGCUGGGACCGACCUGGCAUCGCUACUUCUGUCAGUUCCACAAGGAAGAGAACGGCACACGAGGAAAGACAAGACAAAUGAAGUUCACACCAGUCGGCCAUCACGGCUCCCUGCCUUCCACUGACUACAUGGACGUGAAGAGCUGCUUUCGGUCAAAAACCGAGGACGUGGAGAGAAGGUUCUGCUUCGAGGUCGAGUUCUACCUCAGUUCUCAGAGAAGCGAAACCCGGAAGUACAUCUGUCAAGCUCUCGGUCAGGAGGACCGCAAAGGCUGGAUGGAGAUACUGGAGGGCAAGGAACCUGUGUACACGUCACUGAAAGUGAUUGUAGUAGGUGGACUGACAGAGCAAGGAAUGAGAUUUGUGGAGAGGGGAAUCGAAAUCAUUGAACUGAGAGGACUAGACGAGGAAGGACUGUAUAGGAAACCUGGAGUCCUCUCCAAGGCCACCAAGCUUGUCAAGGACUGCGUCGAGCGGGGCAAGCUGGACACCAUUGACCUCACGGACGAGUUUGAGUGGGACACAAAGACCAUCGCCAGCGCAGUGAAGGGCUACUUCAACAAACACCUCGGUGAACCUCUGCUGACGUUUGACCUCCACAUGGCGUUUGUCAAUACCGCAAUGAUACUGGACAGUGACAGACGUGUCGAAACUCUAAGAGAACUGGUGGCAAAGCUGCCCCCUGAUAACAGAACAAUCCUCCACACUCUCAUCCAGCAUCUCAACCGCAUCGCCGCCCACUCGGAGCGGAACUUGAUGAAGGCCAGUAAUCUGGGUGUGGUCUUUGGCCCCACCCUCAUGAGGCCGGAGAGGGAAACCGUGGCAACCAUCGUCAACAUCAAAUACCAGAACAUCAUUGUGGAGAUCAUGAUUGAAGAGAUUGAUGCUAUAUUCUCGGACGUGUCCCUCUCCUCCUCCUCCUCUUCAACUAGCAACAAGACCCCCGUGCCUACCUCCUCGCGUCCUCCCCCACUCCCGGAGAAGCCCACCCAGACUCCGCCCUCGCGACCCUCCGCCCAUGCCACGCCCACUCCCGUCCCCUCUGUACCUCCGCCCGUGUACCGUAAACCAUCUCCGGAACAGCCGCAGGAGAAUGGGCCUCCAGGAAAGAAAGCCUUGCCUUCUCUUCCAAAGAGAGUCUCAGAAGCAUUUCAGAAGAGACAGAGCGUGUUUGGAGGUGGUGCAUCCCCUGACUCCCCGAAACCGCGCACCAAUCGCUCGCCGGGCCCCCCGCCAUGCAAACCAGCUGUGAGCCGGGUCUCCAGUAUUCCCCCAGGGGGCCUAAAAUCUGAGACCCCCGAGGCCGCUAAAAACGGGGAACCUCCGAUGCCACCUGUCCGGCCUAUGAGGAAGAAAAACUCCAUAAAACAACCCCAAGGAGAAAGGAGUGCACGUGCUCUGUAUGACUGUAAUGCUGAGGAUAUUCUAGAGCUGUCAUUUCAGAGGGAUGAAAUUUUAUUUGACGUGAGGGAGUCAGAUGAACCAGAUUGGCUUGUCGCGAGACGAAAAGACGGGAAAAAAGGACUUGUCCCUGCCAACUACGUAGAAAUGUUGCCCUAGCACCUUUCACGUCGUAACAAUCACCUAUUAGACUGUGUAUGUAUAUAUAUAUAUAUAUACCACCUUUCCUCUGCACAUAGUAUUGAUUAUUAGUGCACUGUAUCUAUGUAUGGAUGAGUUCCCAUUGUAUAUUAUUAUUAUGAUAAUAUGUGUGUUGUAUGUUGUUCUUAUAGACAUCGAUGGCUCCGGCAAAAUUGGACAGC